AUGGUGUCAUCCAGAAAGAAAUCUCAAUGUGCAAUUGGAUCAAUGCUUGAUCUAUUAAAUGAGCCAGCAACAAGUAGAUCUCAUAACCAAGAAAAUAACUCCAAUUGUUCUAACUCUCUCAAUUCUUCUUCAUCUACUGAUUCUGAAUCUUUGCACACCUCUGAAUCAUUUGAAGAUGAUAGUGAUGAUGAGCAAAAUGCUAACAACAAUGAUCCACUAGAAGAAGAUACAAUUGGAAGAGGUCCAACAAGGCAGGGAUUUCGAUGGGGAACCGGUGAGAAAAUGAUAUUGGAACUUAAUGAUGAUAACCAAGUGGUUGGAAGCAUGGCUGCUGAAUUUGCGACUCAAUUGGGGGUUUUAGCUAAAGAAGGAAACAAGUUACCCCUCAUUUACACAGAUUGGCGUGCAUUGCCUAAGCCAAUGAAAGAUGAUGUGUGGGCUGAAGUGAAGGAGAACACAAAUCUUACCGAUGUUUAUAAGAAGACAUGUUUGCGGAGGGUUGGCAAGCUUUGGAAGGAUUUUAAAAUGAGAACAAAAGAAAAGUACUUUCGCCCACACAGGCGAGACAAAACCUACUUACUAGCUAAUCGUCCAGGAAGAAUUGAAGAGGAUCAAUGGCCUGCAUUGGUUAACUAUUGGCUUUCCAAGAGAGCAAGGAAAAUUAGCAAUAGAAAUAAAAGGAACCGGAAAGACUUGCAAAUGCCACAUAGACAGGGGAGAACGGAUACCUAUAAUCUUCAAAAUCAGGCCACCUUAAAGGCGUUGAAGCAACAAUUGCCACCUGAGUUGCAAGAUGAUAUUGAGGCUAAUAAUAAAAUUUUGAAGACGUCAUUAGAAAAGAUGCUCCAGGAUGCCUACGCAGCUGUACAAGAUUCUUCUAAUUCCCAGCACCAAAUUGCUUUGAAUGAACCUUUGCAUGGAUUAGGAAACUCAUCAAAUAAUGGCCAAACAAAUCAAUCUACUAAGGUGAGCAAAGAGAUAAAUCAAUCUAAAGAUGAUAAUCCUCCAUUGAUUUGUUCAGAUGCUACUUCCACUAAGGAAAUUCAAAAGGUUACAUGA